CACUUAAUUCAAACCAAUCAUCCCUCGACCGAAGAGCUUACUUCCGUUACAACUUCCAUCAGCAAUCCACCCCCCCCCCUCUCUCUCUCUCACACACACACACAUUGUGUUCCAUUCUUCUUUCAUACCCACAUUCAGUUUUCCUGUUCAAUUUCUUCUACUACUUUGUUCUCCUGACUGAUGUAAAAACAGGCUGCUCAUUGCUCAAAUACUCACUUUCUUCCUUUAUUGAACUGCCUAUUCUUGAAGUAAUGUAAGAGUGAAAAGCUACUUUCUUUGAUUGAUUAAUUCAUGCCCAUUUUAUCUCUCUCGUCAUAAUCAUUCUUGUCAAAUUCCGAUAAUGGGUUCUCGCUAAGUCUCUGAUUCUUUGCUUUCUUGUUAUACCCAUUUGGUUGAACUUGUUUUAAAGCACUAAGAAUCACUUGUCUAAAAAUGGGGUCUCGCUAAAUUCUUGGUACUACUUUGUCCUCUCUGCUCUAAGCACUAAGGAUAUAUAAACAGCUUUGUCAGAUACUAAAGUUCUGACAUGUAACUGAAAAUUAGAUCUUUGUCCCACUUUUUCCUUGUUAAGUUCAAUUUUUAGUGGCGUCUAUUUAUUCUAUAUAUGUGAGGAAGAGAUUUGGUGUAAUGGAUCUAAAGCAUUUUGGAGUCAACCGUUAAUUGAGAUUUCAGUAAAUGGAGUACUGCUGUUUCUUUCGUUAAAGUCUUGAUUUUUAUACCACUUAUGGCUUUACUCCGUUAAUCUUUUUGACUUGUGGUCCUAUGGAAUUCAAAUAGGCAGAAUUUUUUUUGGAAGUCUUAGGUACAUCCUAGACAUAUAUCUUAUUCGUUGCUAACUGAUUCUUUUGUUCUUCCUAACUUGUAAUCUUCAAGAAUCAUUCUUUGUAAAUCUGUUAAUAUGUAGAGUUAGUUAAAUAACAGCUAAUUUUAUGGACCUUAAUGAAGGUCAAUAUACAGUUAAUAGAAAUGAAUCAGCCAAUUUUCAUUUUUAUCCUAAAUACUCUAGUCAUGAUCAAGUAGGUGUUGUCCUUCCUGCCCAAAGUUUUGCUUCUUUGCCUAUGCAAGUUUAGUUAAAUUUCAUAUUGGCCUCUCGAGUCCCUUCAAUUCUGUGCUAGUUUGUUGUCCUUCAAGUUUUUUUUGUCUGUCAAACGAAAAACAAAAAAAGAACAAAAUUUCUACCCUUCAUUUUGGACAAAUUUUGAGUGAUCAUGGAAGAAACAUUCGUUCCCCUCCGUGGAAUCAAAAAUGAUCUCAAAGGAAGAUUGUUAUGCUACAAGCAAGAUUGGACCGGUGGUCUCCGUGCUGGUAUCAGGAUCCUGGCCCCAACGACCUACAUUUUCUUUGCAUCAGCAAUUCCUGUUAUUUCUUUUGGGGAGCAACUGGAAAGAAGCACUGAUGGAAGUAUAACUGCGGUGCAGACUCUUGCUUCAACAGCACUUUGUGGUGUGAUCCAUUCCAUUUUUGGUGGACAGCCACUACUUAUACUAGGUGUAGCCGAGCCAACUGUGUUAAUGUACACUUUCAUGUUCAACUUUGCAAAAGAUCGGAAGGACUUGGGUCCGCAUCUCUUCCUAGCCUGGACAGGAUGGGUUUGUGUUUGGACCGCCUUUCUGCUUUUCUUGCUAGCAGUUUUGGGCGCCUGCUCUAUAAUAAACAGAUUUACACGUCUGGCUGGUGAAUUAUUCGGUAUGCUCAUUGCAAUGCUCUUUAUGCAGGAGGCUAUUAAGGGUUUGGUGGAGGAGUUUGGCAUACCCGAUAGAGAAAAUCCUCGUCAGGCUGCGUUUUCACCUUCUUGGCGCUUUGGAAAUGGAAUGUUUGCAUUAGUUUUAUCUUUUGGUCUUCUUCUUUCUGCACUGAAGAGCCGUAAAGCCAGAUCCUGGCGCUAUGGAACAGGGUGGUUUCGAGGAUUUAUUGCUGACUACGGUGUCCCACUAAUGGUUCUUGUUUGGACGGCUGUAUCAUACAUACCAUCCCAUGAUGUUCCACGAGGGAUACCACGGCGGCUUUUCAGCCCCAAUCCAUGGUCACCUGGAGCUUAUUCAAAUUGGACAGUUAUCAAGGAAAUGAUGCAUGUUCCUCCUCUAUAUAUUGUCGGAGCUUUUAUCCCAGCCACAAUGAUUGCUGUCCUUUACUAUUUUGAUCACAGUGUUGCAUCUCAACUUUCCCAACAAAAAGAGUUCAAUCUAAAGAAACCUUCCUCGUAUCACUAUGACCUCCUUCUUUUGGGCUUCUUGGUCAUAAUAUGUGGUCUUCUUGGCAUUCCUCCUUCAAAUGGAGUCAUUCCACAAUCUCCAAUGCAUACAAAAAGCUUAGCUACUCUGAAACAUCAGCUUUUACGGAAUAAGCUUGUAUCAACAGCAAGAAACAGCAUCGGUAAAAAUGAAAAUCUUGGCCAAUUAUAUAGGAGCAUGCAGGAGGCUUACAAUGAAAUGCAGACUCCCCUUGUCUAUCAAACUCCCUCUGGACUGGGACUGAAAGAGCUAAAAGAGACGACGAUUCAACAGGCGUCCAGUACUGGGUACAUUGAUGCACCAGUCGACGAGACAGUCUUUGAUGUAGAUAAGGAUAUCGAUGAGCUCUUACCAGUAGAAGUCAAAGAGCAACGUCUAAGCAAUCUCCUUCAGGCGUUAAUGGUUGGUGCUUGUGUCGCUGCUAUGCCCAUCUUGAAAAAGAUUCCUUCUUCUGUUCUCUGGGGAUACUUUGCUUUCAUGGCAAUUGAGAGUUUGCCGGGAAAUCAAUUUUGGGAGAGGAUAUUGUUGCUUUUCACUGCACCAAGUCGACGAUACAAGGUCUUGGAAGAGAAUCAUGCAACAUUUGUUGAGACAGUACCUUUCAAGACAAUUGCCUGGUUCACCUUGUUUCAGACAGUUUAUUUGCUCCUGUGUUUCGGCAUAACAUGGAUACCAAUAGCUGGUGUCCUAUUCCCAAUGUUGAUCAUGCUGCUUGUCCCAGUGCGCCAGUAUUUGCUUCCCAAGUUUUUCAAAGGAGCACAUUUGCAAGAUUUAGACGCUGCAGAAUACGAAGAAGCUCCUGCAAUAGCAUACAAUAUGUCCUUUGGAGAUCAAGAUCCUCAGGCAAGACCUGCCUGCAUUGAUAGUAGUGAAAUUCUUGAUGAGAUAAUCACAAGAAGCCGUGGGGAGAUCCGGCAUCCAUGCAGCCCAAGAGUGACUAGUUCCACUCCCACCAAACUUGAGGAAAUCAAGUCUAUGCACAGCCCACAGUUAGCACAACGGGCUUCCAGUCCAAGAGUCAAUGUACUAAGAGGAGAAAGGAGCCCCAGAUUGACUGGCAAGGGACUUGAAAUAAAGCAAACUCCUAGCCCCCAGCCAUCUAACCUUGGUCAAAAUGGUCGUCGUCCGUCUUCUACCUAGUAUUAACAGAUAUUGUGGUGAAAUUAGAGUCUCUAGUGGUUCUCGAGAGGUCUUUCUAUGUUGUUAACGGUGCUUGAGAGGUAGUCUAAGUAUGUGAUUAACCUUCCUGUACGCAUCUGUUUCCUUGUUUGCGCUGUCUUACUUAGUCUUCAACAAUGUAUACUGCUUUAUUGUGUUAUUCUUCUAUGCAAUCCAAAUACUCUGGGCAAAGGACAAACCAUAAUAACAAGAAAUAAAAGAGUACAAAUUUUCUACAA